AUGGAGGCCGCUGCCAAACGCUUCUUCUCCUCCCCACGGUUCGCCGUAGCCGGCGCCAGCACCGAUCCCAGCAAGUUUGGCUACAAGAUCCUCGCCUGGUACCACCAGCACUCUCUUCCCGUUACCCCUUUGAACCCACGGGCCUCCGAAAUCGUCCUGCCUUCGAAGACAUACAGCACUCUACCAUCCCCCUCCGCCCUCCCGGCACCCACCCAGACCUCUCUCUCCAUCGUCACCCCGCCUAAAGUGACGCUUGCGGUCCUUAAGGAGGCCAAGGCUGUGGAUGUCCCCGCUGUGUGGCUGCAGCCGGGCACCUUUGACGACGAAGUGCUGGAGUACGCGCGGGAGAACUUCAGAGCGGCGGUUGCGGGGGAAGAGGGAGGGAGUAAUGGGAGCGAGGGCUGUUGUUACAUACCUGCCUCUUCGCUGCUCCUGACGGAAAUAAUAAAUAAUCCAAUCCUCACCUACGCCCCGCAACUGAACUACCAUCCGGGCAUAAGCAGCGGAAUACCUCCGACCGGCUUCGACACAACGAUGGCGUUUUGCGAAGCAGCUAUGCCGGGAACUUUCAUCCUCAACUCGCAUAUCCCUCCUAAACUCGACCUCGCCGGUGCUAGAUCGCAGUUCUACCGUUCCCCGCAGACACCCUCCGCAGCGUCCUCCCUCUGCCGCUCUGUCGGGCAGGAACACCAGGGAAGCCGCAAACGGGCCAGACAUGGGUAUGACGAGAUGAAUGGCGAUGUCAGCGGUGGUUUUGGCACAUGCAGCUUAGAAAAUAGUACUCCUGUCACAGCUGCGGCUGUGAGUAUGUGGGGGAACCACUCGGUGAUGUCGACAGCUACGACGGCAUCUUCCUUCUCUCGUAUCGCUAGCCCCACACCGCUGGUCAACACUGACUAUCGUUUUGCUGGUGAUGUUGACUACUCGUCAACAAUGAUGACGAUGUCCGCGUUUGAAAAAUCAGGCGACGAGGCAUAUGGGCCCGAGGUGGAUUAUCGACCUAAUCGCUACCGGGAGAUGAUACAUACUCCUAUGGAUAGCCCUUCACUGGGGUUUUUGCCGCCUGUUGGGGUUGGCAAGGACUGGAAUGGGUAUACGAGGAAAAGAGGUAGACGCGAGUCAUUAUUACAAGAACGAGAUGACGGGCUAAAUCCAGAUGGCUCCCGCUAUGAUAACGGCAAUACGAAUCAUGAUAGCUGGGGCGCAGCUGUCGUGAAAAUUGUCCGUUUCGCGGAUUUUAUGCGGGAGGAGGGAAGGGGUAUGACAUGGGAUCAGAAGCUCAGCAGCCACCAUCACCGCUACCAUCGCGAGUAG